AUGAUCGCUGCUGCAGAACCUUUGGAAUUCGUUCCUCGCGGCAGAAAAAUUGUUGAUGAUCAUCCAGGACCUUUAUCAAAGAAACAUGACAAUAUUCCUAAUGAAUUUGUUCUGUUAGAUCGAAUGCAGAAUGUUAAUCUAAGUAAAGAUGAACACUUUAAUGAAAACUGGAUAAUUCGGGAAGUUUAUCAGCAAGAAAAUGUCGCAGAUGAACUCGCAUUUCUCCAUCCAUCAAUUGUAAAUUCAGAACAAGAACUCUAUUAUAGAGGCAACACAGCAGUAUGGUCAAAAGGGCUCGCAAUAUCAGAGAAUGAGAAAACAUCGUCCGAAAUUUGUUACACAAGUGAAGCUCCAAUCCAGUUUGCUUUCUUCUGUACAAAGAACUUUCUUGAUGCUGACUACAAAAUAGAAUGCAAACAAUUAAAACGAUCUGAAAAUGAAGAAAAUCAAGGAGUCGGUGUUAUUGAUGUGAGCAGUCUUAAAGUUUAUUCAACAAAUGGUGAAAAUAUGAUGACAUCCAUUGAGUCACCAAUCAGUAAGAUUUGGAUCACAAAAUAUUGUGUUAUAAUCGAAAAAGAAGCAUCUGCUACUGUUGUUGAUGGACAAUCUUUAUCAAUGCCAAGAGUUUUUUCACUGACACAUCCUCUCGAUGACAUGUUUCCAAUUUUAUUAAAAUCGAAUUUGAAUAUUUCUUACAUUUCUGAAGCUGAAUUCAAGAUAAUAUUCACGUCGGAAAACAGCGACAUCGUCCUCUUAUUUGAUGCUCGAAGUGGGAAACAUUUAGUUUGUAAAUUACGCAAAGCAACUGAAGAUGAAACUGCGAUUGUUACAGCUUUAUAUGACACAACAUCAACAACAAUGGACAUGAACACAGCAACAUCAAUUGGUGGACUGUCAAAUAUUCAUUGCUCUUUAAGGACGACGUCAAAUAUUCGUCAGAAUGUUUCAGGGCGAAGUACACCAACAAGCAUUGCUGCUCCUUUACUUAAUCUCACAACACAACAUCAAAACUCAAUGACAUCAGGAUACAAAUCAAACUUAGCUUCGUCACUUGCUGAUUCAAUUCUUCGUCGCAAUUCAAUUUCAGUAAUGGCCAGAAAAAUUGGAGAAUGUGAGACGUCAAAGCCUCUCGUGCCAGAUUUAAUAAUGGAACAAAUUUGGAUGGAGAAUGGAAAUUGUUGGAAUGAAUAUCAUGAAAUGGCAAUGAAAGGGUUUCUCCACAUGGAUUUCAUUGGACAAAAAUAUCUUUGCUUUAUGUUGGUGAAGUCUUAUAAACUGAAUUUACUUGAAAUUAAUCCAACAAAUGAAGCAAUGUUUGGUGCAAUGACAAAUAUAUCAGCAAAAGAUGCUGUUGCAUUGCCACGAAUGAAUAUGAUUGCAGUUCUUCUACCUUGCGGCACUCUUAUGCUUUAUUCAGGUCCAUUAGCAGUAGGAAAAGUUCAUGUCUCUGGGAUUGUCACAAAUGUCCCGAUGACAACGAGUUUCAACACUCCUGGGUUUCCAAAACGUUCAAGUUUGUUGCCAAAUGUUACAUCAGGCUCAGCUGAUUCUCAAUUUGAUCAAGAAAUUCAUCUUCUUUCUCCUGUUCAACCACUUCAACAUCCGAACGCACCAUUACGGCUCAACAAUUGUACAUCAAUUAAAGAUCCAGCUGGGAAUCGAAUCACUUUGUCGUUUAUCAAUGGGAAAAUGUACAGAAUCGCAUUACCAGCAAUGUGCGAGAGUUCAAUUGUGAGGAAGAUUUUAAUUGGAAUUCGACAAGUUCUACCGAAAGAGUCCUUGAAGCUCAUGAUUCGUUGGUAUGUCAUAAGAAAUUCACCUGGAACAAAAGAUUUGAGUUUGAAGAGAGAAUGGGAAUUGUUCAAGAAUCUUUUAAUGGAAAUGAUGGGACGGCCACAUGAAGUGUCAAGCAGCUCAAAUUCCAACGUCACAAUUGGGGCAAAGAAGCGAAGGAAGAGUGAAAAUGGGACGAACAGUGAUUGGGAAUAUUUGUUGAAUGCUUGUCAAUGUUCUCACAAUGAUUACAAUGAAGAUGAUCAAGAAAUGCUUCAAAAUUAUCUUUCUGAUGCUUCUUUAUUCCCCUACAUCCCUUCUAUCUUCUACACAACUCAUUUACUUUACGAAGACAUGAAACUUGACAGUUCUUUAAAUCACGAAUUGAAUCUUUUAUCAGAAUUUCUUUACCAGCUCUCGAUGGAUUUUGAAUUAGAAGAAUAUAAAUUUCAUUAUGUUGUUGACAAUCCAAAUGUUCUUCAAAUGAAAGCAAAAAUGACAAUUCUCAACACUGACAGUGAUAAGUUGGUAGGCAAAGAGUUGAUUCGAAAGCCUUUGAGAAUUUUUAAAGAAAUUCUUAAUCUUACAAACAAAUCACUUCUCCGGAAGUUGCCUUUUAUUGAGAAUGUUAAUGUUUUGUCGCGUGACAUUUUUGAGAUUCUCGCAAUAAUUUUCGAGAAAACGAAAAAUCCGUCGGAUGUGAUUGAAAGAGUGAAGAUUGGAAAUGAUCAGAAAAUGUCAACUGUUGUUCCAUCAUCGAAGAAGUUUUAUUCAACUUCUGUCACAAAAAUUGUCAUUGACUGUUUAUUGCGUAAAAACAUCACGAGAACACAAAUUGAACGACUUCCAAUCGCCAUUAAUUACAUCAUUAGUCAAAUAUUAGAGACUGCUCGAUUAAAUCCACCAAUUGGUUGUUCAGCUGCUGCUUACAAGCUUCUUCUUCGACCAGAACUUUAUGCUCACGCUGCUUUCAAGAAGACCAAAAAGCAUCCAAAGAUUGGACGAAACCAACAAGAAACUUCGUUAACGCCUCGCAUUAAAACGCCACCCGAUGUCAUUGCAAAAUCCGAGAAAGCACUUGUGGAAGAUGAUGGAAUGGAACACAUCGACACGAAACUUCUUCGCCUUCGUUUUCCUGAUGAUUUAAGAAUAAAUGAUGUGAAGAAAUUCUUAAACAGCUCAAAACCCGUCAUCAUCGACAUUGUUCAACUUCCCAACGUCUCCGAUCAUGAAUUUAUUGAAGAGCAAGAGAAACAAUUGUUUGCUAUGUGUACAAGAACAAUGGCCUUACCAGUUGGACGUGGAAUGUUCACAUUUCGUACUUAUUAUCCGAUUCUCACCGAACUCCUUCCAAUCCCCAAACUUUGUCUGACAGGAAAGGAAACUGGCCGUGGAGCGUCAAUUGAAAUGCAACAAAUUGAAGUUCCAGCAAAUAUGAAUGUUUGGCCACAAUUCCAUAAUGGAGUUGCAGCUGGCUUAAGAAUCGCUACUGAUCCAUCAGAAAUCGAUCCAACUUACAUCAUGUACAAUAAACCAAAAGAUGCUGAAAUGCCGCCAACUUAUGCCGGCUUUCUUAUGGCACUUGGCUUGACAUCAAGCUUAAAGUCAUUAUCUGACACUUAUCUGUAUGAUUAUCUCAUUCGAUCUGAAGAACUUCUCAGUGUCGGACUCAUCUUAGGAAUGGCGUCAAGUUAUCGAGGAACGAUGGACACAAAAAUCACGAGAAUGCUUUCAAUUCACAUCGAAGCGCUUCUACCACCAACAGCUAUUGAAUUAGAUGUUUCACAUAAUGUUCAAGUUGCAUCUCUCUUAGGAAUUGGCUUGAUUUAUCAAAGUUCGAAUAAAAGAUUCAUUGCUGAAGCUUUGUUGCAAGAAAUUAAUCGACCGCCAGGACCUGAAAUGGAGAAUUAUGUUGAAAGAGAAUCUUAUGCGCUAUCAGCUGGUCUUGCUCUUGGAAUGGUGACAUUGGCGACUGGUAAUAAGGAUGUUGGACUUGAUGAUCUGAAUCUUCCUGAUAUGCUUCAUUACUACAUGACUGGUGGAACUAAACGACCAUUAACUGGGACGCAACGUGAGAAAUAUAAACUUCCAUCAUUUCAAAUUCGAGAAGGCGAUCAAGUGAAUAUUGAUGUCACAGCGCCAGGUUCAACACUUGCACUUGGAUUAAUGUUCUUUGCAAGUGAUAAUCAAGCUGUUGCUGAUUGGAUGAAGCCACCAGAAACAAUGUUUCUACUUGAUUUCGUUCGUCCCGAUCUUUUGCUUUUGCGCGUCAUUUCACGAGGAUUAAUUAUGUGGAAUAGUGUCGAGCCAACAACUGAAUGGAUUAACUCACAAAUAUCGAAAACAUUAUCAAAGAUUAUUAAGCAAAAGCCUGAUCCAGAGAACGAUCCUUUCGAUAUGGAUCAUGAGGCAAUUUGUCAAGCUUAUUGUAAUAUUGUGACGGGAGCUGCGAUGGUCAUUGGAUUGCGAUAUGCUGGAACUCAGAAUUCAAUCGCUUUCAAGACAUUGAAGAAGAUCAUCACAUUCUUCUUAUCAGCGAAUGGACAAUACAUCGGAGAAUAUGCUGGAAAAGCUACAGUUGAAUCUUGCAUCAUUCUUGUUUUAAUUGCUUUGUCACUUGUGUUUGCUGGCACGGGAAAUCUUCAAAUCCUUCGAAUGAUUCGAAUGACACGAGCGAGGAUUGGUCCACAAAAUAGUCAGGUCACUUAUGGAUCUCACAUGGCAAUUCACAUGGCUUUGGGAUUCUUAUUCUUAGGUGCUGGUCGUUACACUAUCUCAAGAAAACCAGAAGCAAUUGCUGCAUUGAUUUGUGCUUUAUUUCCGAAGUUUCCAACACAUAGCAAUGACAAUCGAUAUCAUCUUCAAGCGUUUCGUCAUUUAUAUGUUCUUGCAGUUGAGCCUCGUUUGUUUCUUCCACGAGAUAUAAAUUCGGGCAAGUUGGUUGUUUGUAAGUUGAGUUAUGUUGAAUUCGAUCAGAAGAAUCUUUCGGUAACAAUGGCGCCGUGUAUGCUUCCGGAACUUGAGACACUUAAAGCUGUUUAUAUCAAUGAUCCAAACUAUUGGCCGGUGACAUUUGAAAGAGGAAGAAAUUGGGAUCAAUUAAUGACGAUACUCGAAGCUAAUGGAUGCAUUGACAUUGUGCAACGUGCUGGUUGUUUAUCUCACCUUGAUGAUCCAAAUCGAUUGAAGAGUUUAUUGGUUCAAACAUUAACCACUGAGAAAUAUUCUUCAUGGAAAGUUGAAGCAGAGAAUUUACUUUCAUUCUCAAACGAUCGUUUGAUGAUAAAUUUAACUAAAAUGAUGUUGAUGAUGCCACAAUUUCAAAUCGAUGAUGGAUUUGAUGACGUUAGUGAGACACGUGAUGACUUGAGGCAAAUGAUUUUACUUCAAGCUUAUGAUUGUCUAACAAGAGACAAAAUUCAUGCUUUAGGAAUUUACAUGUCGUUAGAUAAGAUUAUUCAGUCAAUUAAUAAUCAUCAGUAUCAUAGCAGUAACUGUUCUUCGGACAUCUGGCAAAUGAAGAUUAUGAAUGAGUUGAUUAAGAAACAACAAGCAAACAACGGUGCUAGUGACAGUAGUUCGUUGUUGUCGUUGGAAAUUCUCAACUCACUUCUUAUGCGAUUUAAAAUGCUUAUUGAUAAGAAAUUCUUUGAGAGAAAGUCAUCAAUUCGACAGUUUCUGAUGAAAAAGGAUUUAAAUUUUCUUCAAGAUUCUUGUUUCCAAUCUGUUAAUGAGUUGAUGCAAUUGGUAAUCUUUUAUGACCUUCCUUUAAAUUACAUAAAUGAAACCUUGGAUUUAAGCAACAUCAAUCUGUUUCAAUUCAUGUUUGAAAUUAAGAAACGUCAGCACGAUUCAACAAGCACAGAAUUCUUUUUAAACUUGUGGAAAAUAUUGAAAGAUUGAUUGAAAUAAAAUAGGAAAAUGUUUGAAGAUUUUUCACCUAAGUUUUAGUUUUUCACGUAGUUAUGUUGGGUUAUGUUACGCUAUAUUGGGCUACGUUACGUCAAGUUAAUGCAUUCAUUCCUUGAAAUUCACUUAAAUACCUAAUUGUAAUUAAAUACCAUUAAAUAAAAUAAUUUAUUUCAAUAUGUAAUAAAAAU